GGGAACUAAGGAAGGCAUCUCCGUGUCUGGCAAGCACAGGCAAAGUGUAGUUGAAAACUUACGAAAGAUAACUUACGUGAAACACGGAAGACAACGUUGUACGCGUCAGUAAAUGCCAAGGAGUGCACAUCCCGUACGAAAAUAGCGUUUACGGAUGAGAAGCUCAAGUCAGGCAGUGACUACUGAGGCGGCAUCUGCAAAGAUCAUUUUUUGACGGCCAAGGCCCUCUCUCCAGCGCCACCAUCCUGGGCCGGUACCGGCGGGCCAUGACGGAGCCGGACGAGCCGCCCCCCGCGGGGGACGCGGGCGACGCCCCGACCGAAAACGACAGCUCCUUCCCCCUGUCGGCGCUCGCCAGCCUGUUCGAGAGCGAGGAGAGCCCCCCCUCCGUCCACGAGCCCCCCCGGCCCGGCGACAGCCGGCAGAACCUGCGCAUGAAGUUCCAGGGGGCCUUCAAGAAGGGCCUCUCGGGCCCCAUGGACCUGCUGGAGUCCUACGACCCGCCGGUGGUGGUCGGGCCCAAGAAGGCGCCCAUGGACUCGCUCUUCGACUACGGCACCUACCGGCAGCCCAACAACCAGAAGCGCCGCAGGAAAAUGCUGCCGCGGGGUAAGACAGAGGUUGAGCCAGAGAAGAGCCAGGCCCCCGACCCCCCCAGAGUGCUGAAGGUGUAUAAUCGGCCCCUGCUCUUCGACGCGGUGUCGAGGGCAGACACCCAGGCCCUGGACGGCCUGCUGGAGUACCUCCAGAACCUGGACAAGAGGCUGACGGACGAGGAGUUCAAAGAACCCUCUACGGGGAAGACCUGCCUGCCCAAAGCCCUGCUCAAUCUGACCAGCGGCCGCAAUGACAUCAUCCCCCGUCUGGUGGACAUAGCCGAGCAGAGGGGAAACCUGCGGGAGUUCAUCAACACGCCCUUCAGGGACGUCUACUACCGAGGUCAGACGGCGCUGCACAUUGCCAUAGAGCGCCGCUGUAAGCACUACGUGGAGCUGCUGGUGGAGAAGGGGGCGGACGUCCACGCUCAGGCCCGGGGCCGCUUCUUCCAGCCCAAAAACGAGGGCGGCUACUUCUACUUCGGGGAGCUCCCUCUGUCGCUGGCGGCCUGCACUAACCAGCCCGACAUGGUGCAGUACCUGACGGAGAACCGGCACAAGGCGGCGGACCUGCGGCGGCAGGACUCCCGGGGCAACACGGUGCUCCACGCGCUGGUGCACAUCGCCGACAACACCCGCGAGAACACCCGCUUCGUCACCAAGAUGUACGACCUGCUGCUGAUCAAGUGCGUCAAGCUCCACCCCGAGUGCAACCUGGAGACCGUGCUGAACAACGACGCCAUGUCGCCGCUCAUGAUGGCCGCCAAGCUGGGGAAGAUCGGGGUGUUCCAGCACAUCAUCCGCAGGGAGAUUAAGGACGGGGAUGCCCGACACCUGUCCCGCAAGUUUAGGGACUGGGCGUACGGGCCCGUGUACUCCUCCCUGUACGACCUCUCCUCUUUGGACACCUGCGGGGAGGAGGUGUCGGUCCUGGAGAUCCUGGUGUACAACAGUCGCAUCGAGAACCGGCACGAGAUGCUCGCCGUGGAGCCCAUCAACGAGCUGCUGAGAGCCAAGUGGCAGAAGUUCGGGGCGGCCACCUUCUACAUCAGCGUGGUGUCCUACCUGGCCACCAUGAUCAUCUUCACCUUGGUGGCGUACUACCGUCCGUCCGAAGGGAAGCUGCCCUACUCCUACGUCACGCCCACCGACUACCUGCGCCUGGCCGGAGAGGUCGUGACCCUGUUCUCCGGAAUCUUCUUCUUCCUCACCAACAUUAAGGAUCUUUUCCUGAAGAAAUGCCCGGGGGUGAACUCUUUAUUCAUUGACGGUUCCUUUCAACUGCUCUACUUCAUCUACUCGGUGCUGGUCCUGGUCACCGCGGCGCUCUACCUGUCGGGCAUCGAGGCCUACCUGUCGGUGAUGGUGUUCGCCCUGGUGCUGGGCUGGAUGAACACGCUCUACUUCACCAGGGGCCUCAAGCUCACCGGCACCUACAGCAUCAUGAUCCAGAAGAUCCUGUUCAAGGACCUGUUCCGGUUCCUGCUGGUCUACGUGCUCUUCAUGAUCGGAUACGCCUCAGCUCUGGUGUCCCUCCUGGCUGCCUGUCCCGGGCCAGAGGAGCAGUGCCCGCCCAAAGGCUGCCCCACGUACCCACACUGCCGGGACACACACACCUUCAGCAACUUCCUGCUGGACCUGUUCAAGCUGACCAUCGGCAUGGGCGAGCUGGACAUGGUGGACAGCGCCCAGUACCCGGUGGUCUUCCUCAUCCUGCUGGUCACCUACAUCAUCCUCACCUUUGUGCUGCUGCUCAACAUGCUGAUCGCCCUCAUGGGCGAGACGGUGGGCCAGGUCUCCAAGGAGAGCAAGAAGAUCUGGAAACUGCAGUGGGCCACCACAAUCCUGGACAUCGAGCGCUCCUUUCCCGUGUGCCUGCGCAAGUCCUUCCGGGCGGGAGAGAUGGUCACGCUCGGGAAAAACUGGGACGGGACACCUGACCGCAGGUGGUGCUUCAGGGUGGAUGAGGUGAACUGGUCCCACUGGAACCAGAACCUGGGAAUCAUAAACGAGGACCCGGGCAAGAACGAAACCUACCAGUACCUGGGCAUACAGCAGACCGUCCGGGGCCUGAGGAGAGAUCGCUGGUCCACGGUGGUCCCGCGGGUGGUGGAGCUGCAUAAGGGCCCCCCCUCCAGGGACACGGCGGUGGAGAUGGAGCCCCUCCACCCAGGACAGAGGAGGAGGCCAAGCAACGAGGGCCGGCACUGAGCCUGGGAGCCAAUGAGGGGCCUCGAUCCACCAGGGACUGACGUGCGAUUGGACGGGACACAGGCCCUGCCCCUUUUUUUUUUUUUCGCCAGUUUGCACAAAAUGUACGGUGCCUGAGUUUUUCAAGAGUUUUUAAGAUAUAAGAAGAUAGGUUUCCAAAGAAAAGACUAGGAUCAAAUUUUUUCGAAUUCGAAAAUUGCAACAUUUUACUUCAUGCCAAAGAAUCAAACCAGACGGUGCGUGAACUGAAUAUAUAUCAAAUGUUUUUGUCCUCCCCAUCCCUCCCCCCCCCCCACAAAUUUUUAAAAAGCAUUCAGUUUCUCCCUCAAAAAAUAUGGUAUAUGUGGAGUGUGAGCUGAUGGCCAGGCGCUGCUCAGAGACUUAAAGAGAGGCUUAAAGAGAUCGGGGGGAACAGAGGAACAGGGCAGCUGGUGCCCCAGGACGGCCUGGGGUGAGGUUUGCCCCGUACCCCAUCAUUCGGACCCCGAAGACACCUAAAGCACAGCCUUCUGGAGUCUCCGGCCCCACACAACGUGCUGCAAUACCCAAACACCUGCUGCUCUUUCCGCAAAGAAGGAGGAAUAUUUAAAAACAAAUGAAUUUUA